AGCCGGGGCCAUGAGCGCGGGGUCCGAGGCCAGCAGAGGGGAGGCGGGCGCCCCGAGCCGGGAACCCCCGGCGGCGGCAGCAACGGCGGCGGCGGCGGUGGCGGCGCGGAGGGGCCCUGCCCACCUGGGCCAGCAGCGCCGGCUCAAACAGGCCACACAGUUCCUGCACCAGGACUCCGCUGACCUGCUCCCCAUCGACAGCCUCAAGCGACUGGGCACCUCCAAGGACCCGCAGCCUCGCAGCGUGAUCCAGAGACGCCUGGCAGAGGGAAACAAGAGCGGACGCCAGGGUGAGUCUGCCCUGGUGCAGGCCCUGAUUCGCGGCCAGGAGAGCAGAAGGGAGGCAAGCAAGACUCAGAUCCCAGCCCUACUGGUCAGCUGCAAGUGCCGGGACCAGGUGCUCCGAGCGGCCGUGGACACGGGUACCCAGCACAAUCAGAUCUCGGCGGGAUGCCUCCGCAGGCUGGGGCUAGGGGUCCCGGCAGCCGGGCCGGCCCAGGUACAACAGCUGGAGCUGCAGCUGGGCCAGGAGACAGUGUCGUGCUCGGCUCGGGUGGUGGACGCGGAGAGCCCUGAAUUCUGCCUCGGGCUGCAGACUCUGCUUUCCCUCAAGUGCUGCAUCGACCUGGAGCGAGGUGUGCUGCGGCCAAGAGCCCCCUUCCCCGAGCUGCCCUUUCUGCCCGGAGACCAGGAGCCGGACCCGUGACCACGGCUGCCCCCU